AAUAGAAACACUAUUACCUAGCAACACAAUCUAAGCGGUGCACUCAAGAAAGAAGAAUCAAUUUGAAGUGAUGAUGAUUUUGACAGGUCCAAUGGUUAUUCAUUUCAACCAAAGAUUGUCGCUUCAACAACCCAGCCGAAUACACCACAGGUUCAACACAUAUGGUAGGACCCGUCUUACUGGUGGUUUCGGGUCUACCCACAACAACAUUGUUCAUAAUAAGAGAUUAAUAAACAUGUAUUCUACACAAAAGGAAGAUAUCCGCCCCCUAGCUAACUUUUCUCCGGGCAUUUGGGGAGAUCAGUUUCUUAUCUACCUCCCGAAAGAAAUAGAUGAAGCCGAUGAGGAACAGAUAAUUGGAAACUUGAAAGAGGAAGUACGGAAAAAUUUGAAGGUAGCUUCGGAUUCACCCAUCGAACAUACAAACCUCUUGAAGACGAUUGAUACAAUCCAACGUCUUGAUAUAGCCUACUAUUUUGAGGAAGAGAUUACGCAAGUGUUGCAAUAUGUAUAUGAUAGAUAUGUUGAUAAAUGGAAUGGUUCUAACCCUUCCCUUUGGUUUAGACUCAUGCGGCAACAAGGCUUUUAUGUUUCAUGUGAUAUUUUCAAUGACUAUAUGGAUGAAAAUGGAGAUUUCAAGGAAUCCUUAGUCCAGGAUGUUCAUGGCAUGCUUGAGUUGUACGAGGCAACAUUUAUGAGGGUAGAAGGAGAAGUUGUACUAGACAAUGCUCUUGCUUUUACUAGAUCUCAUCUUGAAGUUAUAGCAAAGGAUACUUUUUUUAGUGAUUCUACUCUUUCUAUCAAAAUAAAGGAAGCACUAAAACAACCACUACAGAAAAAAAUGUCGAGAGUCGAGGCGUUGUUCUACAUUCCGUUAUACGAACAACAAGAAUCUCAUGACAAGAAUUUACUUAAACUCGCAAAAUACGGGUUCAACAUGAUUCAGUCAUUACACAAGAAGGAGCUUAGCCAACUAACCAUGUGGUGGAAAGGUUUGAAUGUCUCGAAAAAUUUACCUUACAUAAAAGAUAGAUUGGUUGAAAGUUACUUCUGGGCAGUUGCUGUAAACUGUGAUCCGCAGUUUUAUCGAGCUCGAAUUUUCUUUGCAAAACUAACAGUACUAUAUACUAUUAUAGAUGAUACUUAUGAUGCUUAUGGUACUUACGAAGAACUCAAGAUCUUUACCGAGGCAAUUGAAAGAUGGUCAAUUACAUCUUUAGACAUUCUUCCAGAAUACAUGAGAUUGAUCUACAAAGGGCUAAUAGACGCGUACAAAGAAAUGGAAGAAUGGACCGAAAAUGAAGGGAAAGAAGAUCUUAUUAACUGUGCUAAAGAGUUUACGAAAGAUUUGAUUAGAUGUUACAUGAUGGAAGCGAAAUGGGUAAACGAGGGGUACAUGCCAACACCAGAAGAGCAUGCGCAAGUUGCAUUCACGACGGCCGGUGGUAACGUGGUUGUAACAUCAUGUCUUCUUGGCAUGGGAGACGUAGUCACAAAGGAGGCAAUCGAAUGGGCUCUGACUGAACCACCUUUAUUUAAAUGUGCAUCUAUAAUUACUAGACACCUCAAUGAUAUCGUCGGACAUACGUUUGAGCAAGAACGAAAUCAUUUCCCAUCGAGUGUUGAAACUUACAUGAAGAAAUAUGAGGUCACGGAGGAGUAUGCCCGUGACUUGUUGCACAAGAGAAUAGAUGAUGCAUGGAAAGAUAUGAACAAAGAGUUGCUCGUGAAUAAAGAUAUUCCAAGGCCUGUAAUAAUGAUAGCACUCAACUAUGUACGGUCCAUUGAAACUUUAUAUCAAAAUGACACGGAUCACUUCACGAAUGCGGAUAAACUCAAAGAUAAAAUCAAGUCCUUUUUCAUUGAUGCUAUCAGUGUAAGUCCCUAAAAGCCCGAUCGUUUGGAAGACGCUGUUUAUUAUGUCAAGAGUGCAGAAUCCUCUUAAGUAGAUAACUAGUUUGCUAUCUUAAUUAAUUUAUCCUCUCAACAAUUAAUAAUGUAAUAAUCGACUUAAGAAGUUACACGACUGUU